AUGAUCCUUUGGCUGUGGCUCUGCUGGGGUUUCUCCACCUCGGCUGGGCAGCCCGACUCGGAGCUGAUGGCGAGGUACCUGGAAGAGGAGCUGAUGGCAGACUACAGCAUCAUGGAGCAAGUUGCACGCCGUGUUCCAAGACAGGCCAAAUUUUUGCAGAGGCUGGAAACUAGGCCUCGGAUGUCUGAAUUCAGUGUGAAAUCCACAAUCAUUUCUCGGUAUGCUUUCACCACGGUGUCGUGCACGAUGGUGAACAGCGGAUCUGAGGCACGCGAAGCUGUGUUUGAGAUGCAGAUCCCAGCUGCAGCCUUCAUCUCCAACUUUACCAUGAGCAUCGGCAACAAGACUUAUUAUGGAGAGGUCACAGGGAAAGAAAAGAAACAUAGCAGUGAUGACAAAGCAAAGCACAAGAAGCCUCCGAGCCCUACAGAUGGAAGGGAGAAUGGCUAUGAGACAUUCAAAGCUUCUGUCUUCAUUCCUCGCAAGAUGCAGGCCAGGUUCCUACUGCAUUAUGAAGAGCUUUUGCAAAGACGACUGGGAAAAUAUGAGUAUACAGUCAGCGUCCGUCCCCAGCAGCUGGUGGGGAGGUUACGAGUGGAGGUGAACAUCCUGGAGAACUCAGGCAUCGUUUCACUGGAAGUGCCUCCCCUUCGAAACAGCAAGCAUAAAGGCAAUGGGAAAGUUGAAGCUGGUGAUGUUUCCCCUCCUCCUUCUACUGUAGUUGGACAUACCAAAACCUUAGCUAAAGUUACGUUCAAUCCCAGUGUUGUCGAGCAAACCAGGAUUGCCCGAAAUGGCAUUUUGGGAGACUUCAUAAUUAGAUAUGACGUCAACAGGGAGCUGAGUGUUGGGGAUGUUCAGAUUCUUAACGGGUAUUUCGUGCACUACUUCGCUCCCACAGAUCUUCCUCCACUGCCGAAGAACGUUGUCUUUGUGCUUGACAGCAGUGCUUCCAUGGUGGGAACGAAACUGAAACAGACCAAAGAAGCUCUCUUCACAAUUCUCCAGGACCUAAGGCCUGAAGACCACUUCAAUAUCAUUGGCUUUUCCAACAGAAUAAAGGUCUGGCAGCAGGACCGGCUGGUGGCAGUUACUCCAAAUAAUAUAAGAGAUGCCAAAAAGUAUAUUCAUAACAUGUCACCUACUGGAGGGACUAAUAUUAAUGGUGCUCUCCAGACUGGUGCAAAGCUGCUAAAUGAUUACAUUGCUCAGAAUGACAUUGAUGCCAGGAGCGUGUCUCUGAUCAUCUUCCUCACGGAUGGGAGGCCCACUGUUGGGGAAACACAGUCGUCCAAAAUCCUCAGCAACACCAAGGAUGCCAUCCGUGAUAAAUUCUGCCUCUUCACCAUUGGCAUUGGCAAUGAUGUGGACCACAAGCUGCUGGAGAGGAUGGCACUGGAGAACUGUGGCAUGACGAGGCAUUUCCAGGAGGAUGAGGAUGCAGCCAGCCACCUCAAAGGGUUCUAUGAUGAAAUAGGAACACCCCUUCUUUCCGACAUCCGUGUUGAUUACCCUGAAGACAAUGUGGAGCAAGUCACCCAGAACUUCUUCCCUAACUACUUCAAUGGCUCUGAAAUUAUAAUAGCUGGCAAACUCAUCAACCACACCUCAGAUAGUCUCCACGUGGAGGUGACUGCUAGCAACUCCAAGAAGUACAUCCUCCGCCUGGAAGAUGGCAAAGGUGAUACAAAUUACAUUGAGAGGGCAUGGAGUUACCUCACCAUCAAGGAAUUGCUUAACUCCCGGUUGAAGAGUGAUGAUGAUCAGGAAAAAGACUACUUGAUGCAGAAAGCAAAGUCAAUGGCCCUGAAUUACAAUUUUGUUACUCCCUUCACUGUUCUGAAGAUGAGAGAGGCUGGGCUCCAUUCAGAACCACCUCAAGAGGAGUUUAUCAGCCCUUCUACCGAUGGCAUCGGUGAGAAGUUGCAGAGCCUGCAGGGACACAAGGCACCACCAGGUAUACGCAGACAGGAAGAUAAACACAGAAUUAAAAUCUCCAGAACUUCAGCGGAUGGAGACCCUCACUUUGUCAUUGAUUUUCCCUCCAGCAAGUUCUCUGUCUGCUUUAAUAUUGAUGGCGAACCAGGAGACAUUCUCCGACUGGUCUCUGAUCAUAAGGAAUCAGGUGUAACUGUGAAUGGGCAACUAAUAGGAGCUCCUGCACCACCCAACGGACACAAGAAGCACCGGACUUACUUCAGCACCAUCACUAUCCUCAGCAAUAAGCCAGAGAGGUCUUACCUAGAGAUCACACCCAAAAGAAUCAUACUGGAUGAUGGGGAAAGACUUCUUCUGUCCUGUGAUCGGAGUGCCGUUGUGCGGAGCAGCAGCCUUGAGGUGUCCAUCUCUGCCAAUUCCAAUGUCACUGUGACAAUACAAGACACUAUCAGCUUUGUCAUCCUCAUCCACCAUUACAAGAAGCCAGCCCCGUAUCAGAGGGAUCACCUGGGGUUCUACAUCUCCAACAGUAAAGGCCUCUCUUCCGACUCCCACGGGCUACUGGGUCAGUUCUUGAACCAUGAAGUUAAACUUCUUCAGGAAUCUCUAAACACAAGUCAUCAGCAGGUUGGUCAGAACCAAACUGAAGCAUUAAAGCCAAACUCUACAAAUACCCUGAAAGUGAAGGGACGGCUCGUUCCUGUUGUGUGGAAGCAGAGGAGGAUCUACAACGGCCAGCAGGAAGUUGACUGCUGGUUUGCCAAAAACAAUGCGGACAAACUGAUCGAUGGGAGCUAUAAAGACUAUUUGGCUUCUCAUCCUUUCGACACAGGGACCAGCUUUGGGACGAUUAACAGCCUUUAA